UUAAAUCUACUUUCGUUUUCGCCUGACAGCUACUUCGCCACAUGGUCACUCGCGGACACAUAUCGAAAUGGUGCCUGCUUAUUUUCCUUCUAGUUGUAAAUGUUUCCACAGAUAACGAAAGUUGUGAUACAGAUAACUGCAGAUCUGACGAAAGGGGCAUGACUUCUCAAGCAGUGGUGCUAUAUGAUGAAAAGCUGGUAUCCCCAUUUCACAAAGCCAGCCGAACAUUUUCUUUUGUCGGCAAGGAAUUGGUCAUCAAACAAGACUGGAAGAGGUUGGGGAUAGCAGCUGUCGUUUGGGAUGCAGCAAUUGUUCUGUGUGAGUACCUAGAAAAGAAUAAGGAGCUUGUCAGUGGUAAAACAAUUAUAGAGCUUGGAGCCGGAUCUGGGAUCGUUGGGAUAGUCGCUGCACUACUUGGUGGGAAAGUUACCAUCACAGACCUUGACAUAGCCCUAGAGUACAUCAAUGAAGUUGUGGAUGAAAACCUGAGGGACCACCCUGGUAUUGACGUACAUGUUAAAAACCUUGAUUGGACAAAGGACUGGUCAAAAUUUACGGCAGACUAUGAUGUUGUAUUAGGGGCAGACAUUAUCUACAUUGAAGAGCUGUUCAAUGAUUUGUUGAAAACAUUUUUACAAACAUGUCAUGAAAAUACCCUGGUGCUUCUGUCAUGGCGUUACAGAUAUGACAGAGACAAUAAAUAUCUGGAAAUGAUGAGACAACAUUUCACUUUAGACAAAAUAUUUUACAACUCUUCUCGUGAUGUAACGAUAUACCUUGGAAAGCUCAUAGUUAGGAAUAAAUCUGAUGCUAAAUGACA